AUGGAAGACACAUAUAUUCAGCCAGCGGACCCCCGCGACAGCUCCGGACCAGAGGAAAGCUCCGACGACGAAGCUUCAAUAAAAUCCACCCACUCCUGCUCCUCCUAUAACAUGCUCGAACCCGUCCACGAAAACGGCCGCCGCUACUGCGACUCAACCUACUUCAUGCCAAACGACGAAACAGAACUAACAAGACUAAACAUUCUACACCAAAUCUACUUAAUCCUACUAGACGGCCACCUAACGACGGCGCCCUUCAGAUCCAACCCGCAAUCAUCCCCGCGAAUCUUAGACAUCGGUACCGGCCCGGGAGACUGGGCGAUCGAAAUGAGCGCUGAAUUUCCCAAGGCGGAAAUCAUCGCGUCGGAUAUAGGGGUUUUUGAUUCGGGUCUUGGGCAACUGGCGCUGCCGAAUGUGGACUUUCAACUUGCGGAUGCGCAGUCUGAGUGGACUUAUCAUGAACCGUUUGAUUUGGUGCAUAUGCGUGGUCUUUCUGGGGCGUUUAGGGAUUGGGGGAGGAUUUAUCAGCAAGCGUUUGCGCAUUUGAAACCCGGGGGUUUUAUUGAGGUUGCGGAUACGGAUCCGGCGGGUGAUACCAUUUGUUUUCAGAGGGGGUCUGGGGAUGGAGAUGAGGUUGAGGUUGAGGGUAUGCGAGAUCUAGAUUUGGACUCGGAUGAGGACGACGACGACGAUUCGGACUCAGAGCCAGAACCAGAACCAGAGCCAGAAUCACAGCCAGCUCCAUCCCCAUCCCCAACCAAUCUCCAAAAAUACACCGCCGCCCUCCGAACCGCCGCAAAAGAAGCAGGAUACCCCCGAGACCUGAAACACCUCCGCACAACCGCCCUCUCAGCCGCAGGCUUCGUCGACAUCCGUGUCAUAGAAAGAAGUAUCCCAAUCGGCCUAUGGCCAAGCGACAUCGGCGAGAAAACGCUCGGCAAAAUGACCCUGAUCGCGCUGCUGGAGGGUCUGGAAGCGUACGCUUUACGACCGCUGACGACGGGGUCCGGGAAAUGGAGUCUGGACGAGGCGCGGGCGCUUUGUGAAUUGGUGAAAGACGAGGUUCUCGCUGCUGAUGGGCUGAGGGUUAAAGUUCGAGUUGUAACGGGGAGAAAACCUGUUUCGUUUGCGCAGAAGAGGAAGGAUGUUCUUGCAAGGGCUAGAGCUAGGGCGAGGUUUUUUAGGGAGAAAGGGACGGUGCCCGGGGAUGGGGAUGGAGAGGGUGUUGAUUGGGAUUUUGGGGAGAAGGAUCAUCAUGAUGGAUCGUGA